GUAACGUCACGUGCUGAACCCUGACGUCACACGGAAGAGAGGAGUGUCGGUGUGUGAGAGGAUUGUUUACAUUUCCUGCAGCCCGUUAAAAUGAAUCCUCCGAUGAUCAACUCGACCAACUCCGUUUCAACGACCAAAAGAAAACGAGAAGCCGAGCGCUCAGUUAACUGGACGGUGGAGGAAACACAGGUGCUGCUGUGCGCCUGGAGUGACGAGCGCAUCCAGAAGAGUUUGGCAGAAAACCUUCGCAACCGCCAUGUCUUCAAACACCUCUCAGCCCGCAUGAGUGAAAUGGGUUUCUCUCGGAGUCCACACCAGUGCCGACUUCGGGUCAAAACUCUGAAGGCUAACUAUGUGAGAGCCAAACUACAGAGGAGCGUUGACAGCUCGCAGCCAUGCACUUUUAAAUACUUUGCAGAGAUGGAUGCUGUGUUGGGCCGGAGGGCAGAAGGAGGAGAAGGAGGGCCCUAUUUUGUUUCUCCAGAGCGGAUGGCAGAGCAUCACCUUGACUCCAUUGACAGGACAGGAAGUAUCCCGCCAGAUUUAAAUUCUAGUACAGAGAUUAGUGGACACCAUUUUAGUUCCUUGGAGAGGACAGGAAGACAACGUUUGAGCUCUUUAGAGGAGAGAGGAGGCCGUCAGUCCUGGCAGUUCGACUCUGAAGUCAAGUUGGAGGACAGAGAAGAUUCAACAGAUGAGUUUGAGUUCAGCAAUACAGGAUUCUCACAGCGCCCGAGAGACAGAGGGCAUGAAGUUUAUCUGGAAUCACCCAUCCAUCAUGAAAUUGGUGGUACACUAAUGGAAAACAGCUUUAGUACUCCUUCCCCACAUGUAGUACCACCUCCACCUCCACCUGCUCCUCCUCCUCUUACCCACUCCACAGCCUCACCUCUACCUGCACCCCCAGAUCCAAGCCCAAACACCCUCCCCACCUCUGGCCACCAUCACCCUGAGUCCACCUGCCUGGAACCCGACCUCAGGCACCUGUCGGAGUGCUUCCAGCAGCUGGUGUCGGAGACCCGGGGCCUGCUGGUGCAGCUGGAGCGUCAGCGGCAGGAGCAGGCUCGCUGGCAUCAGGAGCUCUUGGUCCAGUGGCUGCAGAGGGAGGAGCGCCGGCAGAGGGAGACGGCUGAGAGAGAGGAGAGGAGGGAGAAAGCUCGCAUGGAGCAUGAGAUCAGAGUCUUGGAGCUCCUCACAAGUCUAACUAGAGAACACAGGUGUAAAUGUGGAGGCAGCCAGACUGUAGCCGAGACACCUUCUGGUCCAAAUCAUACCGCGAACAAAGACGGAAAUUAGGAUGCGCUCACACCAAGGAUUUUUACAGUGGUUAACCCAGAGUGUGGGAUGGUUUUCAAGCUCAGGUGGAACCAAAUAAUGGCACUGAUAAUGAUAAUGCAAACAGCCACAUUCAGGGCGGUUGGUUUAGGCCUUAACCUUGUGACAUGGAGUGAAAUUUGAACAAAAUCCAAGAGUCUGUGAGUAAAAGAAGAUGAUUGUUGACUGACAGCCAGUGGUCAGUCACACUCCGAGAGCUUAGAAGAAGAAAUUAGAGUUGUGUUCAAUUUGUUCUUUCCUCUGUUCUCUGUCACAACAUCUGUGACAGGAUUUCUUAGGUGUCAGUUGAUUGUACCAAAUGUAAUAUAAUUGUUUCAGGCACUUUUAUAUAAAUUAAAAAAAAUAGAUAUUUUCAA